AUGAGUGGCCUCCGCUUUCUCGACCUCAUUAAACCCUUCACCCCCCUCCUGCCGGAGGUGGCGGCUCCGGAGUCCAAAAUCCCCUUCAACCAGAAGUUGAUGUGGACAGGAUGUACACUCCUAAUUUUCUUGGUCAUGAGCCAAAUGCCUCUGUAUGGCAUUGUCUCGUCCGACACUUCAGAUCCCAUCUACUGGCUGCGUAUGAUGCUGGCCAGUAACAGGGGCACAUUGAUGGAACUGGGUACCACACCCAUCAUCUCCUCGGGCAUGGUUUUCCAGCUGCUGGCUGGUACUCAUCUCAUCGACGUCAACCUCGAUCUCAAGUCCGACCGCGAAUUGUACCAGACGGCUCAAAAACUCUUCGCCAUCAUUCUGUCGUUCGGCCAAGCCUGCGUUUUCGUCCUCACUGGUCUUUAUGGCCAACCAAGCGAUCUCGGUGCUGGAAUCUGCCUUCUCCUGAUCGUCCAACUGGUGAUCGCUGGUUUGGUGGUCAUUCUGCUGGACGAACUCCUUCAGAAAGGAUACGGUCUUGGAUCCGGUAUUUCCCUCUUCAUUGCCACAAACAUCUGCGAGUCCAUCAUCUGGAAGGCCUUCUCCCCGACUACGGUUGAUACAGGUCGCGGGAAAGAGUUCGAAGGUGCGGUGAUUGCCCUCUUCCACCUGCUUGUCACCUGGCCAGACAAGACCCGCGCGCUCCGUGAAGCCUUCUACCGCCAACACCUCCCAAAUAUCAUGAAUCUUUUGGCGACCCUGACCGUCUUUGCCGCCGUCAUCUACCUUCAGGGCUUCCGGGUAGAGAUUCCAGUAAAGUCAUCUCGUCAACGCGGCAUGCGAGGCUCCUAUCCCGUCCGCCUGUUCUACACCUCCAACAUGCCCAUCAUGCUUCAGUCCGCAUUGGCUUCGAAUAUUUUCAUGAUCAGCCAGAUGCUCUACACCCGCUUCUCCGACAACUUGCUGGUGAAACUUCUUGGAACAUGGGAACCAAAAGAGGGCUCGUCCCAGUUGUAUGCUAGCGGUGGCAUCGCAUACUACAUGUCCCCACCACUUAACUUUACCGACGCUCUGCUCGACCCCAUUCACACCGUUAUUUAUGUCACGUUCAUCAUUGUCACCUGCGCGGUCUUCUCCAAGACAUGGAUCGAAGUGUCUGGUAGCGCUCCACGCGACGUGGCCAAGACCCUGAAGGACCAAGGAUUGGUCAUGGCAGGUCAUCGUGAGCAGAGCAUGUACAAGGAGCUGAAGAGAGUCAUUCCCACCGCGGCUGCGUUCGGUGGUGCGUGUAUUGGGGCGUUGUCCGUGGCAAGUGACAUGCUUGGAGCGCUCGGGAGUGGGACUGGGAUUUUGCUGGCGGUGACAAUCAUCUACGGGUACUUUGAGAUUGCGGCCAAGGAGGGAGAUUUCGGCCAAGGGUUGAAGGGAUUGAUUGCUUAG